AUGAAAUGGCGGGAAGAGUGGUCGAUCAACAAAGACGACGGGUGGCAGCCACCCCAAGUGCUGGUCGAUUACAUGCCAAGUGGUAUCAGCGGCUAUGACAAGGAGGGAUCACCAGUGAUCGUUAUUCCGUUCGCCGGGUUCGACUUGUGUGGCCUGCUCAAGUCGGCCCCACCGAAGGACAUGGUCAGGUUCUUGGCUCAGAAACUUGACUUGUACUUAGAAGUGGCCAGGCAAUCGUCGCUAAAGCACGGUCCAAAAGCCUCGCAGGUGUCCUGCAUUGUCGACCUGACCGACUUCAACCUUAGGCAAUUCACGUGGAAACCAGUUUGUGUUCCAACAGAUACGGUAGUAUUCGACAACAGUUACAGUUUCCUGCGUGGCAAAAAACUUGCAUACAACGUCCGAAUCACGUUGCCUGUAAAAGAAAAAACCAUCAGAACGAUCGACCAAAUGGUGAAUAUAGAAGAAUAAGUUAUAUGUACACAUACCGUCGGUAUAAAAGUAUAAUAUAUAUUAUAGCGCUUAAUAUAACUUUACUAUAGGAAACAAUAACAGUAAUUGUGAUUAU